CUCCACCCUUCGCGCACGUCCCUCACGCCCGCCGCGUCACGCUCGCCCCGCCCACCCCGCCAGUGCCCUCCCCACGCGGGCCCUCGGUGACAUUGAGCGCCAGCGCUGCCGCCACCGCCGAGGGGUGCUGUGCGUCGGCGGAGCAGGCGGCCAUGGGGAGCCUCCGCGGCCUGCGCCUGGCGGCUGGACAUUGCUUUAGGUUAUAUGAAAGAAAUGCUUCUUCGUCUCUAAGGUCUACCAGAAACACUGACUUGAAGAGGAUCAAUGGAUUUUGCACCAAGCCACAAGAAAGUUCCAAAGCUCCAACCCAAUCUUACAGACACAGAGUGCCCCUGCACAAACCCACGGACUUCGAGAGGAAGAUACUGUUGUGGUCAGGACGCUUCAAGAAGGAGGAAGAAAUCCCGGAGACAAUCUCGUUUGAGAUGCUUGAUGCUGCAAAGAACAGGCUCCGGGUGAAGGUCAGCUAUUUAAUGAUUGCCCUGACAGUGGCAGGAUGCAUCUAUAUGGUUAUUGAGGGUAAGAAGGCGGCGAAAAGACAUGAGUCUUUAACAAGCUUGAACCUGGAAAGGAAAGCCCGCCUGAGAGAGGAGGAAGCUAUGAAGGCCAAAACAGAGUAGAAGGAUUUGUGCUGGAUUUGGAAAACCUGGGAAUGAGGUUGUAGUAACAAGCGUGCACUGGAAAGAAUGUGGUACGACACACGCUUUGCACAAAUUUAUUCCACUUCCCCACUUCUGCUGUAGAGGAACAAAUACAUUUUCUUAAAGAA